GGCAGGUGCUGAAACCGGAAGCGGAAUCAGCGACGUGUCAUCUCCUGGAAGAUUCUUGAAUACCUACUGCAGCUGCAGGAUCUGGUUUCUGACACCCUGAGACAAACCAAUGCAGUCAGGAGGAAGAGAAACCAGCAGCAUGAAUGCUCACUGAUCCGCAGGCGACAAACAAUCACACAAAACAGAGGUACUAGGAAAGAUCACAGUGGUUUGAUUCCCCACCGUCGCCGUCCCCCCUAAGACACCAUGACGUCCUCUAUGCUCCGCCGACAGCUGAAGAACCUGGUCCAGAACUACUCUGAGGCCGAGGUCAAGGUGAGAGAGGCGACGUCCAAUGACCCAUGGGGCCCGUCCAGCACUCAGAUGGCCGACAUUUCUGACCUGACCUACAACGCGGUGGCCUGCAACGAGAUCAUGACGAUGCUCUGGAAGAGGCUGAAAGACGACAGGAAUUGGAGGCACAUCCACAAGUCCCUGACGCUGCUGGAGUACCUGCUGAAGACCGGCGACGAUCGCGUGCUUCUGAAAAUGAAAGACAACAUCUACAUUGUCAAAGCCCUGACUGAGUAUCGCUUUGUGGAAAAGGACGGCAAAGAUCAGGGUGUGAAUGUGAGAGAGAAGGCCAAGGUUGUCCUUGUUCUUAUGGAGGACGAUGACAAACUGAAGGAAGAGAGAGACUUUGCCGUCAAGACCAGAGAAAAGACGUCAAAAAGUUCUGCUGCCUCAUCUGCGGACGCCGUCAAGGAUCCCAGUUACAAGCCAUGUUAUGUCCCUGGGGCCUCGGGACUUCCGUCCUUGGACAACAUACCCUCAGUGGCUGAUUUGACCGCGUCCUUCACAGCCCGCAAAGAAGAGCGACUUAAACAGGAGUUAGAGAAGAAGGAAGCGGAGAGACGGGCAAAGUUGAGUGAAGAGGAGCUGAAAUGGGAGGAUGCCGGCAAAGCCAACGCUAAAGCUGACGCUUGGGGAGGGGAAGAGAAAGAAGAGGAGGCGGUUGAGGAGGAGGAGGAGGAGGAAGUGAAAGCAGACCCUUGGGGUGCUCCUAAAGAACCGAAAAAAGCCACAGAUCCUUGGGGGGCUCCGACAAAAACGGAAGAAGAUCCAUUUGCGGCACCAAAGAAUGGAGAAGAUCCUUUCACGGCGCCAAAAGACGAACCAGAUCCUUUCAGUGCACCGAAAGACGAUCCCUUCAACGCGCCCGCAACCACCGAAGAUCCAUUUGCGGCUCCAAAAACUAAACCAGAUCCCUUUAGUUCUUCUAAUGGCGAUCCGUUCAAUGCACCAAAGGAUGAUCCGUUCAAUGCACCAAAGGAUGAUCCGUUCAAUGCACCAAAGGAUGAUCCGUUCAAUGCACCAAAGGAUGAUCCAUUCAAUGCACCAAAGGAUGAUCCGUUCAAUGCUCCAAAGGUUGAUCCAUUUAAUGCUCCAAAAGAUGAUCCAUUUAAUGCUCCAAAGGAUGAUCCAUUCAAUGCUCCAAAGGAUGAUCCAUUUAUUACUCCAAAAGAUGAUCCGUUCAGUGCUCCAAAGGAUGAUCCUUUUGGUACUCCAAAAGACGACCCUUUCAGUACCCCUAAAGAUGACCCUUUUACUGCUCCGGCAUCAACGCCCCCUAAAGAAGACCCAUUUGGUCAACCAGUGUCAUCUAAAGGCGACCCCUUUGGUGCACCAACAACACCACCUAAAGAAGACCCCUUCUCUGCAUCCAAACCCCCCCAAGACGACCCCUUUGGUGCACCAACAUCACCCCCUAAAGACGACCCCUUUGGUGCACCAGUAACACCCCCUAAAGACGACCCCUUUGGUGCCCCAGUAACAUCCCCUAAAGACGACCCCUUUGGUGCACCAGUAACACCCCCUAAAGGCGACCCCUUUGGUGCACCAGUAACACCCCCUAAAGGCGACCCCUUUGGUGCACCAACAACACCACCUAAAGAAGACCCCUUCUCUGCAUCCAAACCCCCUCAAGACGACCCCUUUGGUGCACCAACAUCACCCCCUAAAGAGGACGCAUUCACAGUACCGUCUAGUCCACCAAAGGAUGAUCCCUUCAGUGCCCCUCCAGUGAGCUCACCCCAAGGUGCUGCAGAUGCAUGGGGAGCCCCGGCCAGUUCUCCACCUCCCACUGGGUCCGAUCCCUGGGGGGCCGGAGCCUCCUCGCCCGCUGACAAUUCGGAUCCAUUUGGGGAUUCCUCCAAACCAGACAAUGACCCGUGGGGAGCUCCAGCUUCAGCUCCAGUCAGCACAGAUGAUGCAUGGGGUUCGCCUGCUCCCCCCUCAGCCUCUUCCCCAUCUGGUGACCCCUUUGGAGAUGGAGGGUCUAAAACCAAUGAUCCCUGGGGUGCACCAAGCAACACAAGUGGCGAUGGCACAGGAAAGCGAACCACGCGGGAAGAGGAGUUGUACAGAAAGACUGCUUCUUUCUUGGGCUCGGCGGGGGCGUCGCUGGUCGACUUGGAUGAUCUGUUUUCCCCCAACCCCAAACCCAGACAGCGCUCCCUCAUCGACGCACCCGCCGCCCAAACGCAAACCGCCGCCGCCGCCGGUAAGGACAGAAAAAAAAAAAAAACGCUUCACUCCGGGUGAGAAAUGACAUUUUUAACAAAGGCUUCACGGGGAAUUGUUUGCGGUGUGAUUGACUCAAACCGGAUGCAUGACCGACCUUCCCGAGACAAAUCAGACUUUAAUCGCUCGCCGUUGAUGUUUCAAACUACUUCUAUCCGGGGAAAAAAGAGGGCGAGGUGGAGGCGUUGUGGAAUAAAUAUUUCUGAGUAGGUUUGUAUGGAGAUGUUAUUGUGAUCAUGUGUCCCUCCCCUGUGAUCUCGCUGUAGUGUUUAGAUCGUCGUCGUGUAUGUGUGUGCGUGAGCAUUAGUGACCUAUCGGAAACUGUACAGAGACUAGUGUAUAUUAACCAGCAGAUAUAUAUAAAUAUAUAUAAAUAUAUAACUGUUUCCACCCCUCUCUCUGCUCUUUGCUGGAAUAUUUCGAACUAUAUAUCCUCCUCCUCCUCAUCCCUGAAAACCCCCCCCCUGUCACUCUUCCUCGUUUCCCAGGCGCUCUCAAACCGAGGGGCCCUGUGGUAAGAUCAGGGGUUUUUGGUGAAACAUCGGCCCCGUACUACAAUCCCUUUGGUUCCACUCUAGCGCCCCCACAUGGUGCCCCUCCUCCUCCUUCCAUGGAAACUCCCCUGCUUCAGCUUCACUUCGGUGAGCUUCAGGUACAGCCCGUUUCUAUCGGAGGGGAUCCUCAAACGCGACUUGGCUUGAGCUCCCCCCGUGGAGGAGUGGGAAUGGUGCAGUCCGGUUCCUUUGGAGGGAAUCUCCCUGCAGGGGGAGGUUCCACUCCACAGGCCGGAGGUGGAGGCCUGUUUGGCAACGGGUUGUUGGAUGAAACGCUCAACACAAACAACAACAACAACCCCUUCCUCUUCUGACAACGUCAGAUUUCAUAGAAGAUCAAAUAGAUAAAGGUUUGGGAUUUUUGGGGCGAAUUUGUUCUGCACGUUUUAGUCCUAGUUUCUGUCCAUCAUGUCAUUAAAACCAGCACAAUUUCUACCUUAGUUCUAUUUAUCUCUUAGUUAUGCACCUGUUUAUUUACUUGGACUCUGACUGAAACAAGAAAGGAGAGUUUUGGAAACUAAAGUCCAACAUUGGGUCCAGUUACUUGAUGGAUGUGUGUGUUUACGUGAACGGUUUAUUGGUAAACUGAUGCAUCAAACCUACAGGAAAUGAAAUGGGAGAAGAAGACACAAGCCUGUUUUUGAUUCAGUAGAAGAAGAGGAGGAAAAAAGGAGAAUAGGGAAAGGAAAGAAGAAGAAGCUGAACCAAGAUGUCUCCAAAGUUUCCGAUGUUGACGUCCACAUGGAUUUGGGUUUUGUGAAGUAAGAGGAACAGAAGAAAGGAUCUGAGAACAACAAAGGAGGCGAAAUGUUCAUCCCUCAUCUUUGUCCCUGAGCCGGAUGGUCCAGAUCAGGGGGGUCAAACUCAUUUUUAGAUCGGAGGCCACAUACGUUCAGUCCAGUUUGAUCUCAAAUGGGCCUUUUCCAUUAGUUUUGGUGCAGAGAAGAGCAAGAACAUUAGAGGGAUGUUUAAUUUAAUAAACUAUCCUGUAAAAAAGUGAACUUUCUUAAGAGAUGACAGUGAAAUUUGGGCUCAUUGAUCUUUGCUGUUUAGUUCUGGGUCUCGGUGUCCACUUCUUUUUCUGAAACAGUGGAAAAAAUUAGUAUUAUUAGCUAUUUUCAUUGAAAAUUUGCAGGCUUCUUUGUCAUUUUCACACUUUUUUCACAUCCUGUGGACCAGAUUAGACCCUGUGGUGGUGUUUGUUGACACCUAGAGCAGAGGUUUUCAAUGGUUUUUAGGCCAAGGACCCAAAUUGAUGGAGAGAAUAAGGCCUAGUGUCAUUUAUAAAUAUACAUUAUUAUAAUUAAAUAUUCAGCUUUCCCUAUCCCUUUCCUAACAUAUGUUGGAUUCAUGUUAAGGUGUAUUUAAAGACAUUUAAAUUUGUGGGUGAAAAUUAAAAAAAUAUAUAAAAAUGUCUAAUCAACCAAAGAUUUUGUGACCCCCCUGGAUUAGAAAACGAACCAAUAUGUCUCCAUCGUCUCUGUCUUUUGUUUUUCUGUCCCUCCUGGAAACUCCUCAACCUGACAUAUUAACGGAUUUAUUCCAACAACCAGAGAGAAAUAUUACCUGAGCUGGUUUUAUUCUGAUUAGCAGAGGAACAACAGUGUAAAUAAGUCUGAAUAUAUGACAUGAUGGACUUUAAUCAGUGGAAGGUAUCAAACAUAAAUAAUAAAAUGAUUUAAUAAAUAAAUAAGUUUAAGGACAAAGACUUGCAGAACAAUUUGUCACUGACGUCUGUUUAGAAAAAAAUCAUUCACAAAUGAAAUAUAUUUAAAAAAGAAACACAUGAGAAUCAUUUGAUUUGAAGCAGAUUUUUUUAUGCACUAGUCUGAAACGCUGAGAGCAGUGAGUGUCUGUGUGUAUUUGAGUGUUGUAUGACAUACGAUGAGUGACCAGUGUGACCUGCAGUAUAUAUUGUGUUGAUGUAAAUAGUGGACCUUGAGCUAAGCUGUUUAUCAGAGAGUGUUACAGCCACGAGCGACUAUUUAUUCAUCUAUUUAUUGACCGAUUUAAAUAAGGAAUCAUUCAGGUUUCACUGCGGCCUCGUUAUCGGACAGAAUCAUGUUCAGACUCACUUCAGUGGUUUAUGUUUGUACUCAUCGAGUCUCCUCCAGGAUCAGACCAGGAACAGAAGAUGUAUUAUUAUGGGAUGUUUGACUAAAGAAUCAUCGUUUGUAUCUGCAUCUCCUCAUAUUUCAGCACAAACAACAAAUGUGAAAUACACGGAAGAAGAAUUUGAAUUUAAAAGCUGCAGAUUUCACCGGUUCUAGUUUGAGUUAAUAAAAUCAAAUCCACACCCGGAAGCAGACGAGGCCGACGAAUUCUCUCCUUGUGUUUUCACUUUCUUGGUUAAAUAUUAAAACAGACUUGAGUCCAUCCGAUUAUUUAAUUUUGUAUGAAAAUGGUUCAUUUUGCCGUGUAUCUAAAUUAAAAGCUGUGUUGUAAAGUUGUCGACGGUGUAAUUUAUUUGAGAAAUAAAACGGUACGAUACGCAA